CCGUGGUGGUGGGUGGACGGUCGUGUUGCUCCAGCGCUUCUCCUCACCUACCCAAUUAACGGGAGUUUACCACCUGUCCAAUCUCGUCCCGCAUCAGCAAGCUUAUCUCCUGGUCACCGCCUCAUGAUUCACGGACAUAAUGACCAUAAUGACGUGGGUAACCCGUCAUGAACUUAUAGAUCAGAGUGAACAGAUCUGUGGCGUGUAGUGCAGGCGUGUGUGAGACUCGGUAUUAACAGUAAGUCUCUAGGAGGUGUGGGAACCAUGAUUCCUGGAGCAAAGAGACUCAGACUGGACUACUCGGUGGACGUGAGCCUGAGGGAGUCAGUGGAUACAAACAACAACAACAACUACAGUGCCAGUAACAAAAACAAUGGUGGUACCAACAUCCACCCUGGUGGUGGUGGUGACAAAGACGGUCAUGAUCUCAGCACCAGUAGAAACUCCGUCAACAACAACAGCUGUCAGAGUGUAAACAGCAGGAGGGCUGGAGCCUCUGGGGUGAAGUACCAGCUACGUCCGAGGUCUCUUAAGGCAAGACAUUUCUACGACAGUGACUGGAACUUCCAGGACACACUGAGACAUAAGCCACGGCCGCCGCCACUCUCCAGGUACCGCAGGAAGACGGCCAACGCUCGGGAGAGGUACCGCAUGCGGCAGAUCAACACAGCCUUCGACAGCCUGCGGGGUGUGUUACCGUCGUGGGUGUGUAGUCGACGAGAAGCCUCCGACAUGACCAAGAUCACCACACUGAAACUCGCCUCCGCCUACAUCAGGUCCCUACAGGACAUCCUGGACGGUAACGCCCACCAGGACACCUGCUCCUGGGUCCUCUCCAGCAUCCUAGAUGAAGCCUCCUCCAGCCCCCAGCAGCCCCAGCCCGUCCACUACAACCCCAGCAUCACCCCUAGCAAGACCCACCAGCCCCCAGCACACACCACCACGGACUCGGAGCUGGUGUCUCUCCUGUGUGGUGCCUCGGACUCCAGCGUCUUCCAGGACAACAUGGACUCGUCGUACCUGUCACCUGCAGGUGACACUGACACCAUCAACCUCUUGUUAGGCUACGACCCGCCUCGCCCCUGGCCGCCACAACAACACACACAGCUAGCAACCUGAUGUUACACUCUGUAGGGCCUCGUCUCUGACCUGUUCAGCAUUUACCUGUAGGCAGACACUAGAGAAAACCUUUAUUUGUAGUGAUUUAGUCGUCGACCUUUUCCAGAUCAUUUAACUGAACUGCUCCUUAACCCCGGUGGAUGACAAAUGUAUCAGAGUAUCUUAAACUACUUACCAGCGUCAGAUCACCAUAGUUCCUCCUUAUUGUAAAUAUUAUCUGUAUUCUGAAUCAUCGUCAAGUCUUGUUAACAUUAUAGUAACUCAUUCACUCCAGAAAUAAAUUACGUAAUGAUUCUUAUAACAUUAACGUAGAACUUUCAACUGCUGGCCUCACUUCUCCAUAACAAUUCUCCAUUAAGAACUUUCUCAAAUCAGUGAACAUUUCUCACCUUGUUCUUUAGGAUUAUAUAAAUCUUUAAUUAUCAUACGACCAACUGUGACGUUAGUAAAGGCUUAAAGCUUUUAACAUUGGACCUAAAGCUUUCAGGGAACCUCCACCGAGACACUAAGCUUAAGUAACACUGCACUUUUCUUCUCUCCAGUUACAUAAUUUCUUGAUGGAGGUUCUCUGAGCUGUGGAACAAAUUGGUGAUCUCUGGUGAUAAUUGAUUUUGUUCAAGUUGUUCUGUAGAUAACUCACAGUGAUGGAGUGUAUCUGAGGUCUUCCACAGCCUCACCCUUCAUCCUCUUCACCCUCACCCCCACCCCUUCC